UUUUGCGCAUGUCCUUUCGUAAGCCGCUUGCAGGUGGUUCGCUUCGUUUCCGUAUCGGUUGCAAGCAAAAAAGGACCGAGAGCAAAUGGCCGAGGUUGUGGCAGGAGCUGGAAAAAGAUUUCUGUUCUAAUUUGCCAAUCUCUCAUUCGCGAUUUAUUUUGUCCAUUGAUCGAUUAUUAGUUGCUGUGCAGGAGAUAAAGUUUAACGUGGGAAAAUACCGUUAAGGCCGUUAAAAGUUCGCCCGAAAGAAUCGUACAUUUGCCACUCAAAUGUUGUUGCGUUUCCAAGCAAAUAGUCAUUAAAGGGAAGAAAGUGAAUAAGGGUACACAUAUCAAACAGCUAACGGAGCGAACGAUGAAAUUGUGUUAAUCCUAGAUGUGUUUGGUGGAAUCUGUUUGAUAACUUCAUUUGUCUGUUGGUGUGCCAGAAGCAGAUAUAUUCUGAGUGAGCGUACCGUUGUCCAGUAUUCAGAGAGUGGCUGGUUUAGGUGUGAUCUUUUUGGCUGGGUGUUGCUGCACACUUUGGUCUAGUCUACCAAACUUGUGAAAGGAUUCACACAUAAAGUUGCAGCCCAUCAUGGUAAUGUGCGCAAAACGCUCCUGCAGAAAGUUUCAAUAGGCAGCUGAAAACGAAUCUUUGCCCAUCCGUUAGAUACGAAAACGAAGCUUGAUUUUUUUCUGUCUAGAAGCCUUGGCCAUUCGCCCAAAAACUCACUGAGCACUGAGAAAAAAAAGUGUACUCCUAGCAUCAAUGGUGUUCGCGAGCAGUGCCCAGCUCCUCAAGUACUUGUGACUGCAGUGAAAGCAAUUUGUUUGCAUGAAGCGCGAAAUCAGCUUCGCUAGACAUCAUCAUGGAACAGCAGCAGUCAGCAGUUGCCUUGAAAGAUACCUAUACUCGCCCGGCUGGAGUAGAACCAUCCAACUCACAUCUAUUUCGAGCGAAUCAUGCCAAACCCCCUGAAAUCCCGGUCCGUGUCGGUGCGGGUAGUGUGAAAGCUCCGGAAAUCCCUCCAAAGAAUCUUACGAAACGACCAACCACUAUAGGAGCUUCAAACAAGGAUGAAAAUAUUCCCAGCGCUGGUAUGUUGCUGUCGCAACGUGUUGCACCAAAUCGAGCACCACCUUUGCCACAAAAGCCAGCCAACGUUGUGCAGGGUAGCGUUAACAGCGCAAUUGUCCUGCCCGCGCCACAGCCCGUUAUUGCCAGCGCGGGAAACGGGGCUUCCGGGGUGCCUGUUACAACAGCGGCAUCAUCAGUGAGUAGUGGUGCCGUGCCCAGCAGGAUGAGUGAUGCAUCAGGCAAAGAGCGGCCGUCCGCACCCAAGACGGUAAAGCCAGCUAAACUCGAAGAUUAUGGAUCGGAGGAUGCGCUCCGUGGGAUCGAGAGCGGGCUGCGAAAUGUGGAGCGGGCGAUUAAAGAGCAGAUGAGUCUACGAUCUUCGGUGGAAGCGGAAGAGCAACAGAGCAUCUCACAUCCGGUAAAGUUCGGACGGCUGGAUCUGAUGGGUAAACAUUCCAAUUCAAUGGGUUCCGCCACAUCGUUGGACAAUCCUUUUGAAGGACCAACUACGGCUUCAGGCAUGGCACAAGGGUUUAAGUUUGAUCGGUUCGACCAAAAUUCAAAGCAUAUCGGACUAGAACGUGGGGUAAGCAUGGAAAAACUGCGAUAUGAUUCUGGCGGGACCGGAUCAUUUCACGACCACAAUACGAAUGGCAUGGAGCACGGCAUACCGCAAAGACCGAUGGAGCAUCAGUUUCGUUCGCUAGAUCGGCAUCUGCCGCUUGAAUUGCAAUACGGCAGCAGUCAGCAACAGCGACAACGAUCGCAGGAGAUGGAGUUUAUCAAGCAACAGCUUCUCCCUGUCAUUGCUCGUAAUAAGGAAACUAACAGUUUGAACCGACAGAUAGGACUGUCUAAGGACGAUCUUCGCACAAGGAGGCGUUCGUCGCACGAUGAGAGUCUGUUCUCAAUCAAUAAUUCAGCCGCUCCCCGCAUGAAGGAGCAAUGGGAGGAUACAAAUCAGUCGGUCAUGCAGCGCAAAACCCAGCUAACUGCAAUGCUCGGUGACUCGCAAAGAUACGAGGCAAAGAGGCUGGAAAUAGACGCCUGGUUAAGUAGAAUGGAGACAAUAACGGAACGGAUGGGACCAGUAGCAACGACGGCCGACGUGUUGGACAUUCAGCAGAAGGAACAGAAGUCCUUCCAUGCGGAGCUGCAUAAAUUUAAUCAUCAAAUUGAAUUAUUCAACCAACUGACCCAAAAACUAAUAUCAGUCUACCAGUGUGACGACACAUCGAGAAUCAAGCGAAUGACGGAAUCAAUCAACCUGAGGUACAAUAACUUAAAUAACUCCAUUAUUUCGAGAGGGAAACAACUUCAUGCCGCCAUACAUUCACUGCAAACAUUUGAUCGUACAUUUGAGCAGUUUCUUGGCUGGCUGAGCGAAGCUGAAUCGCUGUGCGAAAAUACGGAAUCCGAGGCGGAAAGAAAUCCACACUGCCUGAAGGAUUUGCAGUCGGAAAUCGAAGCCAACCGGAAGGUAUACGAAGGGCUGGACAAUACUGGACGUAAGUUGCUGCGUUCGCUCACCUCCCAAGAGGAUGCUGUAAUGCUGCAGCACAAAUUGGACGAAAUGAAUCAGCGCUGGAACCAUCUUAACUCGCGCAGUGCCGCGAUCAGGAACCGUCUGGAGUCGAACUCCGACCAUUGGAAUGCUUUGCUGCUUUCGUCGCGUGAGCUUACGGAGUGGGUCAUUCGAAAAAACACCGAACUCACAUCGAUCGGUUUUGGGUCGAUCAAUGGUGAUGCUAACAGUUUGCAAAUGCAGCUAGACGAGCACAAAGCGUUUCGCCGACAGCUGGACGAUAAGCAGUCCAUCAUCGAAAAUAACCUGAUGAAUGGCAGGCAAUACAUAUCAAAUGAGUCGCCUCUCUCGGACACGAGUGAUACAGAGGCUAUUGACGAAACCAUGUACAUUUCUACCGAAGAGCAAAACCGCAUUCUGAGCCGAAGCAUACGCCGGGAGGUAAACAAGUUAUCGGAACAGUGGGCUUUGCUGAUCGAACGUUGCGACAAAUGGAAGUAUCGUUUGGACGAAAAUAUUACUAAAAUGCGACAGUUCCAAAAAGUGCUUGAAGAUUUGAGCUCUCGUGUAGCUUCCGCCGAAACAAUAACGCACUCGUGGGCAGUCCCGGCAUCAGGAUCGGACACGACCGAAGAGAUGCAGCAUUUGCAACGCUUGAAGGAUAAACUAACCACGGCCAACGCUCUGCUGGACGACUGCAACGAGCAGCAAAACUUCUUCUCUUCCUGUCGAGUGAUUGUUCCCAGCCCGUACUUGGCGAAGCUUGAAGACAUCAAUACACGAAUGAAGCUUUUGCACAUUGCAGUGGAAGAGCGGUACAAAAUUUUGCAGCAAAGUAAUCAAAGGCAUACUAAUGCUGAAGAUGGUAUGGUAGGAGGCCAGCGCGAGGAGGGUGGCAAAUUUACGAAGCCUCUACACAUUACUACCGGAGGUUCGACUGUUCCAAAUCUAGAAAAAAGCGUCCAAAUACCAUGGGAACGAGCCGUGACACCAGCCAAUGUGCCUUAUUAUAUCAAUCACGAACGUGAAAGCACACAUUGGGAUCAUCCGGAGAUGAUAGAGCUAAUGAAAUCGUUAGCUGAUCUAAAUGAAGUCCGAUUUUCCGCGUACCGCACUGCGUUGAAGCUGCGCACAGUCCAGAAAAGACUUGCCUUCGAUCGUUUGAAUAUGAGUGUUGCAAUCGAGAUAUUCGAUCGAUACGGUUUGCGGGCACAGAAUGAUAAGCUGAUCGAUAUUCCCGACAUGACCACGAUUUUAAAUUCGUUGUACACCACGCUGGAGCCGAUCGAUCGUGCAGUGAUGCUAGAUUUGGCCAUCAACUGGAUUCUUAAUGUGUACGAUUCCCAGCGGACCGGUCAGAUACGGGUACUUAGUUUCAAGGUUGGACUUAUUUUGCUUUGUCGUGGCCAUUUGGAGGAAAAAUACCGUUACCUGUUUCGAUUGAUCGCUGAUCUGGAGAAGAAGGUCGACCAACGGAAAAUGGGGCUGCUCUUGCAUGAUUGUAUACAAGUGCCCCGCCAGCUGGGAGAAGUCGCUGCCUUUGGUGGCUCAAACAUUGAACCUUCAGUUCGAUCGUGCUUUGAGCUGGCUGGUGGUGUUAGCCAGAGUGGCGAGUUGUUGGAAACAGCAAUUGAGGCGCAACAUUUUCUUAGCUGGUUACAGCAUGAACCGCAAAGCAUCGUAUGGCUUCCCGUGUUGCAUAGGCUGGUGGCAGCUGAAACUGCAAAACACCAAGCCAAAUGUAACAUAUGCAAGGAAUAUCCGAUUGAAGGCUUUCGGUACCGUUGCCUGAAAUGUUUCAAUUUCGAUAUGUGCCAAAAAUGUUUCUUUACUGGGCGCUGUACAAAGAAUCACAAGCUAAGUCAUCCGAUGCACGAAUACUGCACAACGGCUACAUCCACCGAAGACGUUCGAGAUUUCACCAGAGCACUGAGAAACAAAUUCAAAAGCCGGAAGUACUUUAAGAAGCACCCUCGCGUUGGUUACCUUCCCGUGCAAAGUGUGCUUGAAGGCGACGCUCUUGAAAGCCCUAUACCUAGCCCGCAACAUGGAACGCACACACUGCAAAAUGAUAUGCAUUCUCGGCUGGAAAUGUACGCUUCCCGUCUAGCGCAAGUGGAGUGUGGGACUCGAUCUAACUCCACGCCCGAUAGUGACGACGAGCAUCAGCUGAUUGCACAGUACUGUCAAGCGUUGCCGACCGCAAAUGCUGCGGGAAAUGCUACGAGCGGCGGAGGUCCCAAGUCUCCAGUGCAAGUGAUGGCUGCAAUGGAAGCUGAGCAGAGGGAGGAGUUGGAAACGAUGAUCAAGGAGCUAGAGGAAGAAAAUGCCAAUUUGCAAGCCGAAUACGAGAAACUGAAGGCUAAGAAGACGGGCACUCCCAUUACUACACCGGAUGAAGGAUAUAAAACUCCGACCUCUACAUCCAAUGCACUACUGUCAUCCGUUACACCGUCUUCCACCGGUGGUUCGGAUAUGGUUACAGAGGCCAAGCUGCUCAGACAACAUAAGGGAAGAUUAGAAGCCAGAAUGCAAAUACUAGAGGACCAUAACAAACAGUUGGAAGCACAAUUACAGCGCCUUCGACAGCUGCUGCAUGAGCCAACACCUUCCAAGCCUCAAACGCUACAAACUAGGUCCGUAACGGCUUCUCAGCUAAAUACCGAUUCGCCAGCUAAAAUGCAACACAACGGGCAUUAUGAUCAGAUGAUUGCAUCGGAACCGAACCAAAAACCAACUCUGUCUCUGCAUGGUCCCGUAGGAGGAAACAGCAUGAAUGGGUAUCUUUCAAUGGCAGGCGACGAAAUGAGACAACGGGAGCAGUACAGUGUGGAUGCUUACGAUAAAACUGGCGCUGGAAUAGCCGCUGUAACGAAUGCCUUUUCAGCUAAUAAGCCUGCCGGAUCGGGCGGUGGUGUUGGCAUGGGCAGCGGUGGAAAUGGUAGUGUCAUGUCAUCUGAAUAUGCGAUGGAUGAGCGACCACCUCCGCCGCCACAUUCAAGUUUGUUGCACAUGGCUGGAAGAAUACAACGACCUCAAUAAAGCCGUAGAGGAAUUGGUCCAUAUAAUGACAGCGGAAUCGAAGGAUGAAUUGCGUAACGAGAGCACAAAUAUGGGACUGCAGUAAACGAUAAGGUAGAUCGCUAAAGGGAUAAUACCGGAUACCCGCCACGGAGUUUACAAUCCUCUUCGAUAUCCUCCAAGAACACAUAUUUAGCCAUGCAUAUCUUUUUCGCGUCAUCAAGGAACUACAGACUACCGAAUGAAUUGAGUAGCUUACUUAUAGUAACUGACAUAUGGGGCGCACUACUAGUUCGAAACAUGAUGGCGCACAGGUGGUUCGUCAGGACCAAUUUUACACUUGCUAGCGAUAGGAUGUUCGUGUUUCGCAAAUAUUUGUAUUAUUAUUGAUACAUUUAUGAUAUCUAUCAUUACUAUCGACACAUUAUCUAUUAUACGAAAUCAUAUACCUAGCAAAAAUAUUAUGCAUACGAAGUAAUAAUUUAAACAAAGCUACAUUGCAUACAUACCUUCAGCUAAAUAAUCAUUCAUAUCAUAUGUGGAACAACGUUUACUAACAAUCAAUCAAUCACAAUUAACCCAACAAAUGGCUAUCUUUCGUUUACCCAUACUGGCAGUAAGAAUGGCAGUAUGGUUUAUAAGUUUUAGUCAUUUAAUUUGAAUUGACAGUAGUAAAGUCUACAAAGCUUUAUGUGUUUUGUAUGCGUUACAAACCAAAUACAUCUAAACGAGUUAAACUAUGCCAUUAACAUCGCACUCUGGUUCGAUAAUGAUGUUUGCGAUGAAAUAAGUAAAGUUAGAUAUUUUUUUUACGUUCUUCAGUCGGACAAUGUUAACUUAAUAUUAUUACGAUCGAAAGCAAACGUAAAACGGUCUAAGGAGUAUUAACCACAAAGUAAAGUACACAGAUCACAGUUUUAAAAUGUUUCCGUAAGGAUUGAGCGUACAGCCUGUAGAAAACUUAACAUCGAACGAUCAUAGAACAAUUGCACUGUCUACAGGUGGUGAUGUGCACGGAGGGUAAACUCAAUACACGCUGCAAAUGCCCGUAACAUUUCAGGAAACGAAAGGAAAGUGUAUCAAGCUCUGCACCGGAAAGCUUUCGUAUAUCAUCCGUAACAAAGCAUGGUGUAGACAUGUAUGCCUGUUUUCAACGAAUUUUAUACUAGGUCGUUUCUUUGUCGACAUAAUAUACAUAUCAAGGACACAAUAAAGGUAGAAAGAUAGCAUAAAUAGGCGAACAACACAUAAACAAACGAAUGGGUCAUGGUGGCGUGACAUGCAUCAACCAUCAUCUAUAACUCGUAGCAUAAUGGUUUAACGAAAUUAAACACAACCGAAGCGAGAAAUGCAGCAUGAUGGCAUUGCUUAAAAUAGGAAACAUUGGAUUGAACUUAUGAACCCCCCCCUGCGUUGGCAUAUCUACCCAUUUGUUGGUAAACCAUGAGCACAAACUGAAUAAACCCAACUCAAUUUCGUCUUGGAACUAGUGCAAUAUUAUAUAGACAAAUCCUGAACGCUCUUCGGUGUGUUGAUUGGCGCGGCAUGAGUCGAGGAUUCAAACUACGCAUUAAUUAAAGCUCUUCUUAUGAGACAGGUGGAGAAAGGAAACAUUUAUCAUUGCACUCGAAAUUACCUAAUGAUGAACGAUGCGUAAGUUGUUCAUGCACAGAAAACAGAUACAAACCAAUGGCGUACAUAUGAAUCCCGCGUAUUGUACAAGCAAAAAAUGAUCCGGCAUAAACGGGCAAACCCAAAAGUGGCACUCAAUCAACAAACAAACACAAUGUAACCUGCGCUAUAUACAUAUAGAUAAAAUAUUAAUGAAUCGCUUGUACACACUAACCGUAACCGUUCGUUUAAGCCAAUGGUGUCCGUGCGAGGCAGGAAGGAAAGCGCUACUGCGACGAUACGACGAACAAUAAUGACUAUUGAGUGACGUACCGAAACAAUAUCGUACAGUGUUAAAACGCUUUUUAAUAUACACAUAUAUCAGUAAACGGCAGUAGCAGCGCAGCGAUAUACAACACAUUAUUCAGGCCCGAUAGUUGUUGGAUAAAAUGAAUACAGGAAGAAUUAAAUAAUAAUAAAAAAGGCAAUGAUGGAACGACACGAUUCAUCUAUCAUUAGCUAUCAAAUGGGA